UCUUAAAAGAGAAUUCUUCAAACUCAAUUGGAAACAAUUUCGAUGAUAAAUUACAAAAGUAUAAGCUAAUUUCUGUCUCCUAAUCCAGCAUCUAUUCUUUCUCUUUUCUAGCUCAAUAUGUAAUCUGCAUCUUUGUUUGUAAGCUAUCUGUCAAAUCUAUCAAAAUUAUUAGGGAAAAUUAAAAGUUUCAAAUCUUUAUGAUAGCUACCAAUUUAAUUUUGAUGUAAAAGAAACUAUGGGGAGUCUAAUUCAAGAUUCUAUUAAGAUCUGAGAGAAUCCUUUUAAAGAAGACAACUUUCUAACUCAGUGGACUAAAGAUCAAUUCAUAAGCACUAUCAAGCCUGUGUUCUACAACAUCACCAAGAUCAUUGAUUGUAUUCCUUGAGAAAAGUGUAAGCUCUAUGGAAAGCUUCAGUUCACUGGCCUUAUUGCUGUCAUGAAGAUUAUGUUUGGGCAAGUACAAGAGAGCAGACUCAGCAGAAAAGAAAUGGUUGGACUCAUAAACUUAAUGGCGAAGUUAUUAGAAUUCAAGGAUUAG